AAUUUGAGCUGUAGAGGAGCAUCACUGUCAAGAUAACUCUCUUACUUCCAUGUGGUUCCUAGAAUGAUGGGCGCCUGGCCAAUCAGUAAAGGAGUGUUGUCAAAGGGCUGUCGACCUGGUCUUGAUUUAUCAGCUCAAGUCUUUGUUUUCGAGGAGGGAAUGUGGCGUAGUAUCACCUCAUUUCAAACAUGGAAUUAACGGCGUCGUUUCCCGUAGAAAUGGAGAUAAAAAGUUGUGUCAAUAUUUAUAAAUCGGGUUGUAAUUGCAUAAAGCAAGAGAGCUGUAUCAGUCCGGGCUGCCUUCAGAAUUUUCUGGGUAUUUCACUAAUCUACUGAGAUCAACAAUACUCAAGCAGCUUACACUCAAUACCUCCAUCACAGAGCUCUAGCGACGGAAAGCAUCAAGAGAUGGCGCACAAUUUUGAUACCACGCCUGAGCAGCAGGCAGGCCAGCUUCACUUCCUCAAAAGUCAGGUCAUGGAGACCAAGGCGCCCGUGCUGAAGCGGAAAGAUGCCGACCUCAGCGGCCAGACGGCCAUCGUCACGGGCGGCAACAUCGGCGUGGGCCUUGAGCUGGGCAGGCAGCUUCUUUCCCUCGGUGUGAGCAAACUUAUCCUCGCCGUUCGCAACGAGGAGGGCGGGAACAAUGCGGCAGAGAUGCUGCUAGCCCCGCGCAAGGAUGGACCCCAGAAGGUCGAGGUAUGGAAACUCGACCUCUCUGAGUACGCGUCGGUGACGGCCUUCGCGGAGCGCGUUGGGCAGCUUGACAAAAGACCCGACAUUGUGGUGCUCAACGCGGGUGUUCUAUCCGCCAAGCUCGGUCUCAACCCGUCAACAGGUCACGACGUAGACAUCCAGACCAACUACUUGUCUACCGUGCUGCUGCUCGUGCUCCUUUUGCCCAUUGUCAAGUCAAAGCCCUCAGGCGCCACAGCCGUCAAUAAUCCAGUGCCACAUCUCUCUGUCGUGUCGUCAGUCAUGGCACACUGGACAAAGUUUGAGGAACGUAACACCGAACCUCUGCUCCCGGCUUUCGACAGCGAGGACCCUGCGCGCUUCGACAUGGAAGAGCGUUACAGCGCCAGCAAGCUGCUCGCUCUCAUGUUUCUCGCCGAACUAGCACGCAGGAUCCCCAAUAGCGUCGCUAUACUAAAUGCUCCAACACCCGGCAUGACGCGGGGCUCAGGUUUCAUGCGCCAGAGUGCCGGCACAGUCCUUGGGUUCGUCAUCAAUAUCUAUUACCGCAUAUUUGGCCACACGUGUGACGUUGGCGCCAGUCAGGUCAUGGCAGCAGCCGUCAAGGCUGGACCCGAGUCUCAUGGGCAGUUCAUUGAGAACGGGAGGCAGCGACCUCUACCUGUCAUCAUGUACACCGCGGAAGGAGAGAAAGUAACUAAGCAGCUAUGGAAAGAGACUAUGCAAGAGCUAUCGUUCGCUGGUGUUGAACAGAUCAUCAAUGAUCUUAGUGCUUCCAAAUGAUCGCCAUUCAAUAAUUAUGGCUAGAGGUGCAAGGCUGGCGUAAGUUAUAUUCAGCUACCUGUGCCUAUUGAGAUACCUAGAUAGAACCAGAAUGUUGUAUAUAUCGUCAUUCUGUCAGUUUUAUAACACCUAUAUUCUUAACCCUUUAUA